AACAAAACAUACUGUAUUUUGCAAGAUGUGGAGUUAAAAUCCUGCCUAAUUGUACUUUUCCAUUGGCUACUACUGGUAAGACACCCGACACCAUGUAUCCACGAGACAGGAAGUGUCGAUGAGCAAAGAAAUAGAAAAAGUGGCAAAGCAACAUGGGCCUGUAGUAAAUAUCAAAGGACAGAAAACCCAGCGUUCUAUCACUGGAAUAUGACGCCAAUGGCUAUAAUGUUGCAUUGUAGCCUACAAGAUUUUGUAUAAUGAACAAUGAUGCAACAAAUUAGAAAAUAAAUGCGUGUUUGGGCUACAUUGUGUCCGAUGAUAUCUGCCGCCAGGGGGAGUCAACUCGCAAAGACUUUAUUUCCCAAAUUCCAACGAGAACCUGGAGCUGAGUCAGAGGUCCGCCUAAAAACCUAAAUAAUUUGCAGACUACGUUAUUUCCCACUCACUUCCGUAGGUCUGGUUUAUUUGGUGUGAACGAAUACGGGUUACGCUGCGUGACGAGAAAACUCCAUCCAGUCCCGUUCCAAGGUCCCUCUGACUGUUAUCUUGGCCUAAUGUCUGUCCGAGUGCCAUCCAUGAGUGUGCUGCCUCCUGUUCGAAAGGACCGCGUCAUUGCCCAGCUUCCUCAGUGUUACAGUAAGAAGGCUGCUGUGCAAACUAAAGAUGAGUUCAACUCCAAAGUGAAGACUGCCUGCCAGGAGCAACGCACUGGCACAGUAGGUAGGUUUAAAAUCGCUAAGGUCAUAGUGGUUGGUGACCUGGCCGUGGGAAAAACCUGUCUGAUUAAUAGGUUUUGCAAGGAUGCAUUUGACAAGAACUACAAGGCGACCAUUGGUGUUGACUUUGAGAUGGAGCGGUUUGAAGUGUUGGGGGUGCCUUUCAGUUUACAGUUAUGGGACACUGCGGGGCAGGAGAGGUUCAAGUGUAUUGCCUCCACAUACUACAGGGGAGCUCAGACGAUUGUUAUUGUGUUUGAUGUAAAUGAUGUGGCAUCUUUGCGCCAUGCAAGGCAGUGGCUUGAAGAUGCCUUGAAGGAGAAUGAUCCUACCAAUGUCCAGCUUUUCCUGGUGGGCACAAAGAAAGACCUGAGUUCUCCUGCUCAGUACUCUCAGAUUGAACAGGAUGCCAUCAAACUGGCUGAGGAAAUCAAAGCAGAGUAUUGGGCCUUGUCGUCAUUGACUGGGGAAAAUGUGAGGGAAUUUUUCUUCCGUGUUGCAUCAUUGGCAUUUGAGGUCAACGUUCUGGCAGAGCUAGAGAAGAGUGGAUCAAGACACAUUGGGGACGUUAUCAAAAUUAACAGUAAUUCAAACAACCUGUAUGCAACAUCAAAGAAGAAACAGUCAAACUGUUGUCAAUGAAGACAAACAUGACUACUACAGUAAAAAGGUACCAAAGCAAAAAGCAUAAUUUCCUCAGAAGAGAAACUGAGAACCCAUGACCACCCCCAGAGACAUGGAAUUUGCAGUGAGGCAAGACAGAGACUUUUGCCUUCACAGACAUUUGAUUUUAAUUUCUGCUGGCCCGGAAAGAACAGCUUCUUGGUUGGAUGUGGAUUCCUGUGGUGCUUGGCUCAUUUUUGCCUAUCCAGAGUUUCGGAAUAGAAUUUCCUCUGUGUCAUUGUACUCCAUACUGUACAAUUCCAGUUCUUGAGUCCUGACAGAUAUUGUGAUCGAGGUACUGCUUUAAUAGCUAUGGAGUAUGGACAAUCAUGGAUGUAUUCAAAUACCCAAUAUGGAUAUUUUUAAGACACUCCACCAUUAGGCCUAUUAGAUUUUUUACAGCGUUGUUUUGUAUAGUGUUGUUUCCAUGCGACAUGUUUUUUGCACAAUUUGUAACUAUUGCAUAGAUUAAAACUCAUGACUCCUUCCUGGGAUGUUAUAUUAUGCUAGCUAAGGAGUAUGAUUACAUAAUCCUAUUUUUAACAGCACAACUGCAUUCAUACAGUAUGAGAGAUGUGUAUUAGUCAGAUGUACCUCGUCUACACUAGAUGGAUACAAUAAUAUAACUGAGAAUUAUUGAUUUUUAAUGAUGUGUGAUAUUUGAAUGACUGAUCUUAUAUUAUCCCUCUAGUUGAAUACCAUAAUCAGAGUGAAAAGUGUAUAUGUUUAGUUUUCCUUUUAGACAAAGAUUAUUUCAGUCAUUUUUGUAAUGUUUAAUUGCAGGUGCAAGUUUUAGCUCUAUAAAGAUACUGUAUAUCACAAAUUACUACACUUAGCUCAAAAUAUACAUGUAAGCUUUACAAUCACUGCUCUGUAUCAAAUCAAACAACUUUUUACUGGUAAUUAGACUUUAUAAUUAUAAAACAAAUACUUCUAAGUUAUUAUUGAAUGUUCUAUAUAGGAUGAAUCACUAAUCUGUUAUUAAAUUAUGUUUAACUGUU